CACUCAGGAGGGUAGCCGGCCUCAAACCCAGGUCCUGUGUCAUGGUGAUGUGUACACUUAACCAGAUGAGAAGAAUUGAAGAUAGAAGAAGACACACCAGACUUUGAGCUCUAAGUCCCCAGGGGCUAUAGGUUCAAUUCCAGUUACCUUCUACUUCACUCUCCCUAUCAAAUUCUCUUUUCCUAUGAAAACUUUACAUUAUAAAUAAGGAGAAAAUGUCCAAAACUGCUCCACCACUUGUGAAGGGUACCAUGCCACCUACCCACUCCAUACAUGUGAGAACUAGGAUAUAUAGAAUCUCGGUCCUUUUAUAUGGCAACGUGAUUACCCUAUCAUUGUACUCCCACACAGCCCUAAGGUUUUAUCAUUUACUAAUUACAAAACUAAAGAGGGGAAGAGUGAGACUAGGGAUAUCUCUCUGUCACAUGAGAUGUCAGGGAUUGUACUCAGGGCCUAGUGAAUGAGAGGCCAGUGUUCUAAUCAACAUACCAACUUCUAGAGCAUGAUUAAGAGGUAUUUGAUUCUUAAGUCACCAAAGACGUGUUUGCAGAUGAGAGAAAAUCAUUCACAGGCUUCCUAAAGUAGAGACUGAAUGGUUAAUCUGUUGCUCACAUUUUCUCACGUGAACACAUUGCACAUAUUUUAGGGUUCAGUGACCUAUGAAGAUGUAACUGUGAUAUUCACUCAAGAGGAGUGGGCACUAUUAGAUCCUUCAGAGAAGAAACUCUACAGAGAUGUGAUGUGUGAAAACUUGAGGAACUUUGUUUCAAUAGAAAAAAUACAAGAACAUUCCACCAAAGAGCAGCAUAACUUGCUUGGGAGUAAACAAAGUAAUACAGCAGUGAAAGUCUCUGAGGGCAAAAAAAGUCAGAAUGGUACAAAAUCUCAAGAAUGUGAAGUAUACAACAAAUCAUUCACUUAUUCUUUUCAUCUUCAACAACAUGAAAGAAUUCACAAUGGAGAGAAACCCUAUGAAUGUAAACUAUGUAGAAAAAUAUUCAGGCAGUCCAGUCAUCUUCAGACACAUGAAAGAAUUCACAGUGGAGAGAAACCCUAUGAAUGUAAACUAUGUAGUAAAACAUUCAGGCAAUCCCAUAAUCUUAAGAGACAUGAAAGAAUUCACAAUGGAGAGAAACCCUAUGAAUGUAAACUAUGUAGAAAAACAUUUAGGCAAUCCAGUCAUCUUCAGACACAUGAAAGAAUUCACAGUGGAGAGAAACCCUAUGAAUGUAAACUAUGUAGUAAAACAUUCAGUUGUUCCAGUAAUCUUCGGACACAUGAGAGAAUUCACAGUGGAGAGAAACCCUAUGAAUGUAAACUAUGUAGUAAAACAUUCUGGCAAUCCAGUUAUAUUUGUCAACAUGAAAGAAUUCACAGUGGAGAGAAACCCUAUGAAUGUAAACUAUGUGGUAAAACAUUCAGUUGUUCCAGUAAUCUUCGGACACAUGAAAGAAUUCACAGUGGAGAGAAACCCUAUGAAUGUAAACUAUGUAGUAAAACAUUCAGUUCUUCCAGUUAUCUUCGGAGACAUGAAAGAAUUCACAGUGGAGAAAAACCCUAUGAAUGUAAACUAUGUAGUAAAACAUUCAGUUGUUCCAGUAGUUUUCAGAAACAUCAAAGAAUUCACAGUGGAGAGAAACCAUAUGAAUGUAAACUGUGUAGUAAAACAUUCAGUUGUUCCAGUAGUCUUUUGGCACAUAGAAGAAUUCACAGUGGAGAGAAACCCUAUGAAUGUAAAUUAUGUAGUAAAACAUUCAGGCAAUCCAGUAGUCUUAAGCAACAUGAACGAACUCACAGUGGAGAGAAACCCUAUGAAUGUAAACUAUGUAGUAAAACAUUCAGUUGUUCCAGUAGUCUUUCGGCACAUAAAAGAAUUCACAGUGGAGAGAAACCCUAUGAAUGUAAACUAUGUAGUAAAACAUUCAGGCAAUCCAGUAAUCUUCGGACACAUGAAAGAAUUCACAGUGGAAAGAAACCCUAUGAAUGUAAACUAUGUAGUAAAACAUUCAGUUAUUCCGGUUAUCUUCGGACACAUGAAAGAAUUCACAGUGGAGAGAAACCCUAUGAAUGUAAACUAUGUAGUAAAACAUUCACGCAAUCCUGUAGUCUUCGGACACAUGAAAGAAUUCACAGUGGAGAGAAACCCUAUGAAUGUAAACUAUGUAGUAAAACAUUCAGUUCUUCCAGUUAUCUUCGGACACAUGAAAGAAUUCACAGUGGAGAGAAACCCUAUGAAUGUAAACAGUGUAGUAAAACAUUCAGUUUUUCCAGUCAUCUUCAGAGACAUGAAAGAAUUCACAGUGCAGAGACAGCUUAUGAAUGUAAACAAUGAAGUAAAGCAUUCAUGGAGUCUAGUUCUCUUCAGUUACAUGAUACAACUCACAGUGGAGAGAAAGAAACCUCAUGAAUGUAAACAAUGUAGUCCAAACAUUCAUUUAAGUCAAUGUUCUUUGGAGACAUGAAAGAUCUCACAGUGGAAGGAAACCCUGUGAAAGUAAACAGCAAAACAUUGAUUCAAGCCUGUCAUAUUUGUCAAUAUGAAAUAACAGAGUGGGGAGAAAUUUGAUAAAUGUAAGCAGUGUUGAAAACA